AUGUCUGGACUCGCUCAUCAAUCAUGUGAGUGAAGUGGACCUUUGUAUCCGUAUCCACUCGCUCUCCUCAUCUCAAUUGACCGCUUCCCGCCCCUCACGUCGUUGACGACUACCCUUUGCCUCUCACCGUGUCUCUGCGCUACUUAGCCAAUUUGUCUCCCAAGGGAUUGCGGCGCCAGCCCAGUGCGUAGCUCCCGCUAUCCCAUUCGACGUUUCGAUCGAUCGACUGACGCCGAUCAAUUGGUCCGCACCCCAGCAAGUCUCUCGCGUACAGCCUCGUCAGGUGCGCUUGGGUCCGCGGACCCGAUUGAGCAGUUGGAGGGUGAGUGCGACGUAUACAAAUCACAAAUCACCGCUUUUCCUGGGCUUAAUCUCUUACAUUUGCCUUGCCUCAGCCUCACUGCCAAAGGUCAUGCGUGUCAACACCGAAGUAGAGAAAGCGCCCGUCAUCGACGAGGACGGAUACUUGAAUAUGUUGGAGAAGCGCCUGUCAAUGAAGGUGGGAUGAAUGACGGCAGGGCGGAGCUGCAAGAGCCUCGCACUGACAUACCUUUCACGUGAUUGCUGGCAUCAGAACAUUGGCGUCAUCAUCGUCAGCGAGCUACUCGGAACCAUUUUGUGAGCUCCCAUCGCUUCUAGCUCGUGCGUGAUACUGCUCAAGUCGCACUCACCAAGUCGGUCUUGCAGGUUCCUUUUCUUCGCCUUCUUCGCCGCAACGCAGGCAUCGAAUCGCGGAAACGCUAUGAAAGAGGAGUUUCCCACCGCACCUCUCGACACUUCUGGGCUGCUCUUCUCGUCCCUCGGAUUUGGUUUCUCGCUUGCUGUCAACGCUUGGCUCUUCUUUCGCAUUUCUGGCGGCCUCUUCAAUCCAGCGGUCACUCUCGCACUGACGCUGACUGGCACCCUCUCAGCGUUCCGCUGCGUUAUCCUGACCAUCACUCAAUUCGUCGGUGGUAUUCUUGCAGCUCUUUUGGUUACCGCACUCGUACCUGGCCCCAUCAACGCACGCACGACACUUGGAAGCGGCGUUACAGUCGCGCAGGGCUUCUGGAUUGAGUUCUUUUGCACCGCAGAGCUCGUCUUCGCCAUCUUCAUGCUUGCAGGUACGUCGAGCGCGCGAAUUCUGGUGCACAUGAGUCAAAACCUCGGCGCUCAUCUCCUCUCUCGUGAUCGGCGCAGGCGAAAAGCACAAAGGCACGUUCCUUGCUCCGGUCGGUGAGUGACCAAAACACGUCAACCAGGAUCCGCGCGUGCUCGAGACUCAUCUUCUUCCUUCAUUCACCAGGCAUCGGCCUUGCUCUAUUCAUUGCGGAGAUUGCCGCUACGAACUAUACAGGAGGCUCCUUGAACCCUGCUCGAUCGCUCGGUCCUGACGUGGUAACCAGGACUUUUGAAGGAUCAUGCUGGAUAUACUACAUCGCUCCUUACUUUGCCGCCAUCGUCACCUCUGGCUUCUAUUGGGCCUUGAAAUGGAUGCGCUACGAGACGGCAAACCCUGACCAGGACGCGGCUCAGGAGGAAGAGCGCAAAUCCUUCAUUCGCGACAUGGUCAGUCCCGCGUCCGCUUCGUCACUUGCGUACAAUCAAAUCUAACUUUGUCCCACAUUUCUGCAGAAUGGCAAUAUCAUCGGCGAGCUCGACUCUGUUCCACUCAAGGACUGGGCCUCGUUGCAAGAUGUUGUCAUUGACGCAGCAUUGCCACAAGAUGGUCCUUACGGCGCUCAACAUGUCGUGCCCGGUAUCUCACACAAGGCGAGCGAGGCCGACACCUUGGGCGUCACCACAGACAGCAACGGCUUCGUGCCAGGCUCCAGACAAAACAUUCCUCCAGUGCCACCCCUUCCAUCUGAUUCUCGUCGACUCUAUCAACAAGACCGCACCAAUGCCUGGGCUGGCCCCGUUGCCCAGUGA